AUGGCCCCCAAGCUCUCCAUCCACCCGCCGCUCCUCAACACCGCCUGCCCCUGGGCCACGACGCCCGCGCACCUCGAAGCCCUCCUCCGGUGCCCCUCCACCGGCGCCAUCACCACCCGGACCAGCCUCAUCGACGGGUUCCCGCACGACGACGCCGUCCACCGCUACGCCUUCCUCGACCCUGCCUCCACGUCCGGCCGUGCCCCCGAGGCCGGCCCGUCCGCCAGCCCCGUCGGGAGCAUCAACUCCCUCGGCUACAGCCCGCUCCCGCUCGACGCGUACCUCGCCGCGCUGUCGGGCCUAAGCGCCUCUCUCCCCCCGGACGUCACGCACAAGACGGCCAUUGUCAGCGUCGCCGGCCCCCCGUCCGCCGUGGCCGAGUGCUACGCGCGCAUCCUGGCCGCCUCGUCGGGCGUCUCGUUCCCGCUCGCCGUGGAGGUCAACCUCUCGUGUCCUAAUAUCCCGGGCUCUACGCCGCCGGGCUACGACCCCGUUUGUCUGGGGGCGUACCUGGCCGCGCUGCCGGGGGACCCGCUCGUGCCGGUGGGCAUCAAGACGCCGCCGUAUACGUACGCGGCGCAGUUUACUGCUCUCGUGGAUAUACUAGCGCUGUACGCGGGCAGGGUCAGCUUCGUCACGGCGACGAAUACCCUCGGCUGCAGCGUGUUUAACGAAGGCGAGGGCGAGGGCGAGGGCGAGGGCGCGUCGUGGAUGGAAGGGGGCCUGGCCGGCGCGGGGAUUCACCCCCUAUCCUUGGGCAACGUGCGCAUGCUGCGGCGGGCGCUGGACGGCCGGGGGCUCGCUGGCGUGCAGGUCAUUGGCGUUGGGGGCGUGCACGACGCCUCUGGGUACAGGAGGAUGAGGGGCGCGGGCGCCGAGGCCGUCGGCUUGGCCACGGCGCUGGGGGCCCGGGGCGUCGGCGUGUUUGAGAGCAUCGAGAGAGACGUCGGCUCCGAGUGGUAG